UUUUUAUUAGUCUUUGUUCUGGCUUGUAUGUUGCAGGUCAUUUCAUCACAAUUAAAUUAUGACGUAGAGCUUAGUGUUGUGAUUGUGGAAUUUCGGGUUCAUCUUAACAAAUUAACUUGACGAUGACGUUUACCGGUAACACCGUGGACGUUGAUGUAGAUAAAACUUUUCCUGGACUUCCUAUGGAGUUGGCCGAACCAAAGAGAAAUGCAAACACGAAUGGACAAAUAUUCCUUUUAAUAUUGCAUAGAGUCUUACUGUUCGUAUUUAUUUUUGGAUGUGUUAUAGGAGUAUACGUCUUUGUAUUAGGAGGAGAUGUAGAAAAUCUUUGCAAAACAGAAAUAAUUGUGGUAACUCAACCCGUCAACAAAUCUAUUUUAAUAAAAAAAUUCGGACAAAAUACGAAACUAAGACGCAAACGACAAAUAUUACGAAUAGACAAAAAUCAAUACGAGAGAGCUCAGAAUAAAAAAAUAGAAAGAGUAGAGCAAAUUGUUUCUGAUUUUGAUGCUUUAUGUAAUGAAAAGCCGCAUAGAAGUACGUGCAAAGAGUUUGUUAAAACUUUGAAAGUACUGACAGAUACUAAAAAUAGUAAUACAAAAGAUGAACAUAGGAAAGGCGAAAUAUUCAAACGAGACGCUAUAGUUGAUACUCAAUUAUCAGAACCAGCAAUAGAACUAAAUCCGAAUGGACUUCAAUCAGAAGCAUUAAUAGAAUCGAAUAAUAAUUGUCUUCUAACACGUCUUUUGAGGCAAAGUGGACCAUACUAUUACGACUGUACAAUAUUUUCAGGGUAUGACAAUUUUAAAGCGGAAUAUCAGCCAGAUUUACUCAAUUAUCCCAGACAAAUUCCGAUGAGCUUUUUGCCUCCGUAUGGAAGAACACACGAAGACAUUCAAAAGCCGCACCCUCAAGAUAUAGAGAUUGCUCUAAAUAUAAUGUCAAAGCAAGUUCCAUCGGAGAUUUUUCCAGAUUAUCCUCAAGGGCAGCUUGGGAACAAGCGUAAGAUUAAACCGCACCCUCAAGAUAUUGAAACUGCGAUGAACAUCAAGUCAAAUUGUAAACCUCCCUUCGCCAAAGACAGCUCCGUGCAACGUAAUUGCCCAUCUGGUACUACAGCCUGUAGUAACGGAGACUGCAUCAAUGAAACGUUGUGGUGUGAUGGAAAUGUUGACUGUGAAGAUGUGAGUGACGAGACACGGUGUAGCUGCAGGGAGCGGGUGGAUAGAACCAGGCUUUGUGAUGGAUACUUCGAUUGCCCAUUUGGGGAAGAUGAAAUGGGAUGUUUUGGUUGUAGCGAAAACACUUUCAGCUGUGAAGUUUCGGAUGGAACUCAAAGCAUGUGUUAUACAAAAGAGCAACGAUGUAAUAAUAUAAACGACUGCCCGAACCACCAGGACGAAAACGACUGCACCAUGCUAGCACCUAGUCUUCAUAACAAACCUCUCUUCGGAAUUUCAAAUACUGAAGGGUACUUGCACCGAAAUUUUAAAGGGAAGUGGUAUGCUGUCUGCAAAAACCCAUACAUGUGGGCACAUGAUGCCUGUCGUCGCGAAACAGGUCUUAUUAUAAGACCUCCAUAUAUCCAAGAACACCAAAUUGAUCCAUCGCUAAAAGUGAACUACAUAAAUACAGCGCCAGGCGGUCUUAUACAUAAUAGUACGAGUUGUUAUAACUCGACUGCUAUAUACGUCACGUGUCCAGACUUACUGUGCGGUACAAGGAUAUUAACAUCGUCACAGCUUAUAAGAGAAAAUGCUGAAAAUCAAUUGUUUGGACGCAACAAAAGAUUUCUCUUACACAAACACCCAUACCGUUUAUUCUUUUACGACCCGUUAGCAAGAGCUAAAAGAGAUGUAACACGUGAAGGCAUUCAUGAGAGUAGAAAGAAGAGAACUGAGAGUAGAGUUGUAGGAGGAAAACCAAGUCAACCAGCCGCUUGGCCUUGGGUAGUAGCUUUGUACAGAGAUGGGCUGUUUCACUGUGGAGGAGUUAUCAUCAAUCAAAAUUGGAUUAUGUCGGCUGCUCACUGUGUUAACAAAUAUUGGCAACAUUAUUAUGAAGUACAAGUGGGCAUGCUACGUCGCUUCUCAUUUUCUCCACAAGAACAGAAUUAUCGUGUGACCCACGUCAUCGUAAAUCAAAACUACGACCAACACGAUAUGAAAAACGAUUUAAGUCUUCUAAAAGUCAAGCCCGCAAUUCAAUUUAGCCGCUGGAUCAGACCUAUAUGUUUGCCAGGACCUGAAGUGGCUGGUGCGGAUUGGGUAUGGGGUCCUCCAACAGGCACGCUGUGUACUGCUGUAGGAUGGGGUUCUACAAUUGAACACGGACCAGAUCCUGACCAUUUGCGAGAGGUGGAAUUACCUAUUUGGGAACAUUGCAAUCAUCGUGAAGAUCAAGAUGGUAAUGAAAUAUGUGCUGGUCUUGUUGAAGGAGGUCGAGAUACCUGCCAAGGUGAUAGUGGAGGUCCAUUGUUAUGUCAAAAUCCUGCAAACGAACACCAAUGGUAUGUAGCCGGUAUUGUGAGUCACGGGGAUGGUUGCGCACGCAAGGGCGAACCUGGAGUAUAUACUAGAGUAAGCCUUUUACUCCCUUGGAUUAAAUAUCACAUUACCUCAAGAAAUUUGCCAAACAUUAAACCUAAACAAGAGUGCCCUGGAUUUAGAUGCAACUCGGGCAUAGCCAAAUGCCUUCCCAAAAAUCGGAUGUUUGAUAAAAUAAUAGACUGUUUAGACGGUGAAGAUGAAUUCAAUUGCGAAGAAAAACAGCCAAAUAUAUUUGAGGAAAUAUUAUCUAUUCCAUUCAGUAAAAAUGCUAACGAAUCUGAAAUUGGAAUAAACAACUUAAUAAAAAAAGGCCCAGUCAAAAUUAAUGAAUCAGAGCCAGAUCAAUAUUUGGCUUCUACAAAUCAAGCCAUUGUUGCUACUUCAGAAAAUACAACUGUCAACAACACUUCAAAGUUAAUUUUAACAAAUUCAACUGAUAUAAAUCAUAUUACUAAUAAUACAUUAUUAAAUGAUAAUGAACCAGACAUUGUUAAAAACUAUACUGAUACAUACUUACCUGAUAUAACAACUCCUAAUAGGAAUGAUGAAGAAUCGAGUGAAGAAAUCACAGAUGAUCCAAUUGAUUUUCCAACUACGACCUUAGAAACAAUAUAUAUGAAUAAUUUAGAAACACACCCAUUCAACUUACAUGGAGAAUCGAUGGUAUCAACGAGUGCCGAUCAUGGUAACAUAUUUUUAGAGACGGAAACAACAGCAAGUACUUUAUCUAACCAGAACAUGGGUAUAUUAAGUACUACCGAAAAUGUCUUACCUUUACAAGGAGAUGAAACUAAACUAAAUAGUUCACUUACUUCAGAAAAACCUAUCAUAGAAAACAAACAAACGACGACUCUUGCACCAAGUGUAACAGAAGCAAAUACAAAAUUAGAAACAAGCAUUAAGCCAACAAAGGAAAAUGUUAGCGCAAUAAUAGAGACUGUUCCAACUGAAACGUCGUCAAACUUAGAUUAUUUAAACAAUAUUGUUCCCGAAAUCGAAAAUAUAAUAUACACUGUUGAAGCAACAAAAUACAAAGCGAAACACAAGCCUCCUAUACAUUUUCGAUGUCACAAAAUUCCACAAAUAAUUUCCUUCAAAAACCGAUGUGAUCACAAAGCUGAUUGUGAAGAUGGAACGGAUGAGUUAGACUGUACUUGUAUUGAUUACUUAGCGACCUUCGAAAAUCAAUUAAUAUGUGAUGGGAACUAUAAUUGCGCGGAUGGUCAAGAUGAAGUCGAUUGUUUUGGCUGUGACAGGGAUCAGUUUCUUUGUAAACGUAGUCAAAUGUGCCUAUCCACAAAGUACGUUUGCGAUGGCAAGCCACAGUGUCCAUUAGGGGAAGAUGAGUUGGAUUGUUUCGCAUUGACGAAUGGGAAAGAUAUUCGUUUCGACAUUGAUGGAAGACCAAAAGUUCGUUUCGACGGUUUCGUAACUAAAAAGCAAAAUAACGAUUGGCACGUGAUUUGCGAAGAAAAUAUGUCGACACACGAACAAGAGGAAACAGCGGUGCAUAUAUGCCGAUAUUUAGGUUUCAGCAACGCAAACUCAUAUAAAAUAAAAUACGUUAACGUGAAAGAGAGCAACUUGCAUGAAUUACCCGAUACAAAGAGAAGCAAAAGAAAUAAAUCAGAGAAAGAGCCAGUAAUGAUCACCUAUAAUCACUUUGAUAAAGCCAAACAAAAAUCUAGUAAUGUCGUUAUAUCAGAUCCUGAAUUGUUAAAAGAAAAAUGUUUACCGAACGUAACAAAAACUUGUAUGACUUUAUAUGUCUCUUGCGAUCAGUCUUUAUACACUAAUUUUGAUGUGCCCCAGCUCUUUGAGCGUACAGCAGUUGACAAUGUUGUUCAGCAAUGGCCGUGGGUUGCAAAACUUUACACUAAUGGAGUUUAUAAGUGUACUGGAGUGCUUAUUGAUGUGUCCUGGGUUUUGUUUAGAAAUGAAUGUAUAAGUACUUUGAAUUUGCAAAACCCUCGUUACAAUACGGUUGUUUUAGGAUCACAUAAAACGCUUUUUUCAACCAAAAGCCUUUACGAGCAAGUACGUAAAGUUGAUGGCGUGAAAGAUUUGUAUAACAGUAAAGCGGUUCUCUUACAUUUACAAGAGCAGGCGGAAUAUUCCACAAUGGUGAAACCGAUGAUUCCCUCUACUGUAUAUAUGGGCAAUAAUGAACGGGCAUUGUGCGUAGCAGUUGGUGAGGACGUAUUUAAUAACACAGUCAGCUUAUUGGUUAAGGAAACUAGAGAAGGUUGCAGAGGCGAUCAAAUUUGUUUUGUGAGACAGUCUACUAUAGACACGUGUACGAACGGUUAUCCUGUGGAGCGGCCUUGGGCGGGAAUAAUUAGUUGCCAUACAAAACAAGGCUGGUACCCUGCGGCAACAUUCAUUGAACCGGGGGGCGAAUGUAAUAUAGGCAACCGAUUAACUGGCACUGAAAUUGAAAAUUUAAAAUAUCAAAUAAAAUAUAUGGAAGAGAGGCCGACCAUGCCGAUAAAUGAACAAGAGGUGGAAGAAUGUGAUGGGUCGCGAUGCGAAAGAGGACGUUGCGUGUCAAUGAGUCAGGUCUGUGAUGGUGUUAGGCACUGUGAAGAUGGAAUUGAUGAGGCCCCAGAGUCAUGUAAAAGAAAGCACAUUGUCUGCUCUAAGGAUCCUCUACAUAGAGGUUGUGAAUGCCCGGUAGGUCAACUUAAAUGCCGAAAUGGACAGUGCAUCUCCAAAGAGCUAUUCAAAGAUGGACACCCAGACUGUUCUGAUGGGACAGACGAACCUGGCCAAACAACUUGCUCGGACUACCUCAGUAGAGUGAUGCCCUCCAGGCUGUGUGACGGAGUCCUACACUGCCACGACAGAAGCGAUGAAGAUCCUUUGUUCUGCAAGUGUUUCGCUAAAAAUGCUUUCAGAUGUGGCAAAGAUGCUUCCAGUGAAGACUACUGCAUAGCGAUGGAUAUGGUAUGUGACGGAAUACCAGACUGUCCAAAUGGAGAAGAUGAACGAACGUGUAUUGGUCUCAGCGCACCUCAAGGAACAUUGCCAGGUAUAGGCGAAGUAAUACUUCGUUCCCACGGUGUGUGGUACUCUAAAUGCUAUCCAACUGAAGGGCACACGAAAUCGGAUUUAGAAGACAUUUGUCGUGAAGUUGGGUUUAUUGGCGGUCACGCCAAGCAGCUGCCGACGCCAGAGAAAUCCUAUCCACACAACAACCUCGUUGUGGAUGAUUUUGCCGACAUUCCACUAAAUAAUAAUACAAAUAUACGACUAAGGAAUUCUCAUUCCCCCAUCGCACGUGCCACGCUUGAUCCUUUAGCUAAUUGUUUCCGACUUUUUAUAGAGUGCUUAUAAUCUGUUUCAUUUAUUUUUAUCUUAGGUUAAUAAAUAUAUGCGAAGAAACAA